AUGUAUGGAGAUCCUCAAGAUCAAAGCAUAGCAAUAAAUCAGAAGAUGAAACCGAAAUACUCAUUUGAUCAGAAACCAAUGGGUAAAGAGGGCUCUCGAUUAUCAAGUAAGCAGGAAUUGCUAGCCAGGUUUCAAGACAAUGAUAUAGAUGAAGAUAUACUACAAGAUGACGUUGAAGCCAAUGAUCUGGUAACAAUGAAACUCAAUCACCCACGGAAUACAAAGAAAUCAAAUGAUUUUAAUGAUGAGUUUUAUGGAGUAGAAGAUAACUUUAAAACUAUCACAGUUAAUGGUGAUGAUUUAGCUACUUUAAGGGCAUCUCUCCAACCUCCCAAAAUGAAAUCAUUUGAGAAUGAAACACCUGUGUCAGAGAGUAAAUUGAACAACCAAUCUGUUCAGUUCAACUUGAAAAAUACGACAACCCCUACAUUGAGGCCAAAGCUUGAACUCAAUGAAAGGGAAGAAAGCUUCUUUGAUGGCUUUGAAGAUCUAUCGCCUGGAACAUUGUCAACAUCCUCGCCAAAAACAAGGAGAAGUAAAACUUUGUCUGAGUAUAGCGAAGACAACAAUUUAACUAGUGAUACAGAUGUUACUUCAGAGUUCAACGAUGCUGACAAUCAAGAUAUCGAUAACAUAUUUGGGGUUGAAGAGAGUGGAGUAUAUAGUAGUGGUGGGUUUGGUCCAAAGCCUAGUAAAGCCAAUACUUUACUUGAAUUGAAGAAAAAGGAGUUGGAACUAAAUGCUGAACGUGAAGAAGAAGAAUUAUUAAAGAGAACAAAGGAAUUUGGCAACAUGAAAAUUCACGAAGACGAGAAGAUAAAUACAUUACGCUUGAAAGAUUUUACUGCUGCAAAGUCAGGUAAGCUCAAUCCAUUGGAUAUGGAUGCGCUAGAAAAUGAAAGAACCAUAAACUACGAAUAUACGAGGGAUGAUUUCGAAGACUUUGAAGAUGGUUUCGAACUCAAUUCCCCAAUACGUAUUCCAAAAGGUGCUACGCAUGCAGAAGGGCGAAUUAAUUCCAAGCUUUCCAUGCCUCAAUUUGAAGCUACUCAACCAAAAUCAUCCAUGAAAAAGUACCGCUCAAUGAUAGAUGUCAAUACCCCUCGUGAAGAAAGUGAGCACCCCUUCUUCAACAAUAAAAACAACGAUAUCAUAAGAAAACUUAACAGAAUCCCAUCAUUUUAUUCCAGUUCUCAACUUCGGAAACCUGAUCGAAAUGAAGAUCUAGACUCCAUUGAAGAAUUAAAAGUUAAUGAUGAAACUUAUCUGGCAAAAUCAGAUUUGGAAAUGGAAAGAAAAAAGGUAAUACUUUUGGAGAAAUAUAUGGAAAUAACUAAUACCCAAUUAAAGAAUAAACGGAAGACUCGGAAGCAUGUUCCAACUAAAACGGGACCAACAAAACUCGGAUUGGUAAGGUGCUUGAAUGAAGGUGGGGAGUCAUCCAUACCUUCGCAUUUGCUCCAAAACAACAAUAAAAAUAUGAAGUAUAACUCCGUGAAACAGCAAUGGGAGGGGAACUAUAUUGAUUUACACAAGUUUGAAUCUAUUAAAUCGUUAAAAACAACCAAACCACAUUUAAUUUCCCAUAAAGAUUAUAGAAAGGAUGGAUCUGAACAACAGGCAGGUACUAAGAUUGUUGGAUCGAUGAAAUAUGAUCCUGAUGCGAUGAAAUGGAUAAAUGUUAAUGAAGAUGAAGAAGAUAUUUUUGAUGAUGUCCCAGAUUUGCCACAUGAUUUAGGACAUCAAAGGAGAAUGAACCUUCCUAAUUCUAGAAGUGCUAGUAAAUCCAAUUUAAAAUUAUCAUCAAUGAUAAAACGACAACCUUCCAAAUUGAACCAUAGAGGUGUCAGUACCACGUCUGCAUUCACGCAAAGAACCACAUCUACAUCUACUGAAUCAUCCUCCGAUACCCUAGAUGAAGGUGAAACACAGUAUUCCCAUGAUCACUUUCCUGAAUUCACAUUGGAUGAUAAAACUAUUGAUCGAUUCUACAAGGAGGAAGCUAAAUGGUUUAAGAAGACGAGGCAUUGGUUUGGUGAUGGAGAAGGAUAUGACUUGAGAACAGAUCAUCGUCAAUAUAACAAAGAUUAUUUCUGGGAAAUACGGAAUAUGGUUACAGAUGAUGAGAAUUAA